AUGGCAUCUUCCUCGGGCAGCUUCCCAGUGCAUGGCACCGUCUCUGUCAAAGACGGCAAGGCCACCCUCACAUUGGGUCCGAGUCAGGCCGCGGACGUGAAAGUGACAAUGACGCGGCCAAGCUCAGCAAGUCUCCUGGAGCGCUUCGAAGGUGGUGUUCUGAACGUCCACGCUUCCAGGCUACCACUUACGAAAACCAGCCUUACCAACAUGAUGGGCGCUAUCCAACGUCAACUUCUGCUUCAACCUGGGGCAAGCGGAGUGUGGAACCAAGAGUGCCUAGAUCGUCUCGAAGCACUCCUGAGCAAGCCGCACGGCAAGGCUAAGGUACUAGCCAUCGAGGACUAA